UUCCAGGUCCCUUUCCACCCACCACGACUACUAGUACUACUGCGUCCUCUGUUUCCACGUACAAACUACUUGAUCUCUCUCCCAUCCCAUCUCCUGACACUGUUCGAUCCCAUACUCAUAGUUCCCAAGCAGACUGGCAUCUGACUUGACCGUCCGCACUCCCACAGUGAAGCAGCAGCCAAUAUCUAACGCGUCAACCCACCCUCCGUCCAAUCAGCCCGCGAAGACCGAUACCAAUACCACUGGCAACCACAUCCGCCAGCGCUCGCACCACCAUGACGUGACCUUAACGCCCUCUCCCUUUGUCUGACCCUUGAUCCUCAAACCACAUUGGCAAUAAUCCAAAGACCCUUCAACUUUGGCUUCACGUCGACCUCUGCUCGAUUUCUUUGUGCUGAGAUAACACCCACUACACUUCGUACGCCCAUUCAAUCUUUCCAACCUCACGAAACCUCAGGAGCACACUCGACAGCAAAACAAUCAAGAGGUGGCUUUUUGAACAUGGCUGACCGCAACGCUCCUCCAUCCCCUCCUCCUCAACAUCGGCGAAGAUCCUCCUUCAUUGAUAUGUUCACUCCUCGAACCCAUGCUGCCGGUCACCUCUCUUCCUCCCCUCCAUCUACCGCAGUCCCCACCACUCCUGGCGCCACGCAACAACAUCGACGAGGUACCUCAAUCACUGCUCUCGGGUUGAGCACAAGUGCAGGCUCCCACACUUCUCCCAUGGCCGCGUUCCACAACCAACGACGAGCAAGUGUAGCAACUUCUUCCGCCUCGAGUUCUCCAGAGUUCAAGAAUAGCUUCGGUGAUGAGCCGGCGGUGAUUGAAGAGGAUGACCCGGCCCGAGCUACACUCCAUCCUCCAGCGUCACCCUCCUUUGCAAGACGCGUCAGUUUUGGCGCACAGGCGCUACGAGAGACCUCUAGGCUGCCCGGUAGCCCAGGUACUUCUGUUGGUGGAGAAGGCUUCAACUGGUCCGAGGCCAUCCGUGAAAGAUCCAGACGGUCACCAUCCUUCUCUUCCGGCAAUCCCCUUGCACUGGGCCAGCAACGUCCUCGUGCUGCCAGCAUCUCCAAUCCCGAACCACCAAAGGAAAUCGUCAGACCCGUCGAGCCGCCACCUGCUCCUCAGAGAUUGAAGAAGCCAGAUCAUCUGGGCGAGAGAAUGCUGCGAGGUGACUUCAUGAUGGAUUGACAGCAGAUCCCAGAUUCUUGACAUCGACUCUUGCCUUCGAUCAUAUAUUCUAUUCGCACAUUGUAUAACUUGAUGCUUUGUUCAAUUGACUCUGAGGGCGAAGUCAGAGGAAGGACACCACAGCACUGGAGAUUUCAGGAACAAUUGUAUCUUCGACUGCCUCUCAAAAACAACCGGAACUGGGAUCCUAAUGCAGGGUUGGUCGGCUGGUUUGCUGUCCCACAAUCGUUCAGAAUAUAUUACUAGUAUGCUCCAAAAGAGCUGCAAACGAAGGAGGGCUAGCAUGGCACGCUGGUUGAUUUGACGAUACUUAUCAAUCUUUGAGCAGAAGACUUGAGCUUGUUGCGAGGAGGUUAUUCCGCUUUGCUGGGACAUCACGAUCGUUUGAAACAUUGUGCUUUGGAGGGCUGAGGACUGGGGAUGUUCAAUGAAUGAAAUCUGGCGAGGAAACAAUGCGCAGUACAACAUUGUACGCAAUGCGCAUGUUUGACGUUACAGCAGUGGUAUGGGUGUGAUGUCUUGCUUUUUCUUGAUGUAAAUGGAUGAAACGAAAUGAAAUGAAAUGAAAUUGAACGAUGAAUCGGACCCUUGUAUUUCAAUGUACUAACAGCGAAUGCAUGCUGGCUUCAAUUGCUGGUGUUACAGUAUCACCCCGAUUAUCUGCUAAUAGAUCAGAAAGAGAGCGAAG